CAAUGGCGCGUACUAAUUUGUAGAUACAAAUGUGUCUAUGAUUACUAUCUACACGGUUCUAUUAAGGCCAUUACGUAUUACGCGAUUGAAAUGGAUUUAGAUACAGCUUACAUUGGUAAUUACAUUCAUUCAUUUAAAACAUUUUCUAUAAUUUUCCAUGUAUACUCGCGUUUUUAUUUAGAAAAAUAAACUUGCAAUACGUGCACACGUAAUCCAAUAAAAAUUGGCGAAAAAGAACCGUUGAUUCACGACUGGGUGGAACAUAUUCAACAAACGAUGAAAGGACAGGAGCAGGAACAGAUUGUUACUGCCGAUUUUGCUAUGCCAUUCAUAGCAAUUCCAAUGUCUACUGUGAAAACUGCAUUCAAGAUAGCAGAAUACUUGGAGCUAGACCCAAAUGUUAAAUAUAUGGCUAUCCAACUGUACGACACUUUCAUGUGUAAACAUUUUUGGGAGAUUUUCAAGACUGAAAUUGCAAAUGAUCCAUUCAAAGCGACGUGGUUUAAAGUUUCCGAGAAAACUUCUAACGAGGCCAAAUUAAUUCUAAUGUCGUGCUUUCAAUUGGCAUGCAAAAUGGAUUCUCAUUCUAGUACUUUGGGAAUAUCGCAAAUUCUCAAUAUUUUAUAUCUGAUUGACAAAAAGUCUGAAUAUACACGAACGAUCAUUUCUUCUUCGGAAAUUAGAGUUUUCAAAACGGUAGAAUUUAAAAUGCCUCUUUAUACUCCGAUGCACUGCAUCGAGAUUCUUUUGGCGGCGACAGGUCUCGGGGAAACACCAAAUACAUUUAACGUUUCAGUAGAUUUAUUGGACUUGGCUUACCUAAAGCACGACAGAUUAUAUUCGCAAUUUUAUUUACAUUAUAUGCACAAAGAUGUUGGAGACACAGAAUAUUUAUCCAAGAAGCUGAUGUCAUUGAAAUCAAAUAUACUUUUCCUAAGUGCUGCAAUAGUAUAUUGCACAACCUUGUUUUUAUGCUUGGAUUCAAAUGCCUCAAAAGAACGAGUUAUCAUAGCAAAAUUGGCGGAAUUAUCAAAUACAAUGGAUACUGACAUUUUUAAUAUGGCCAACAUGUUGCUUUUUAUAGCGACACAAGACUAAUAUGAUAUAAGAUAUAUUAGAAAAUAUGCAUGCAUCCAUAUGUUAUGUACAAUAUUGGAUGUAUGAAUAUAUAAUAAACUGUGUAAACAUUUA